AUGAUUACGAGUUGUUUUGAGCUUGAAGAAAACUUGUCAGAGGAAAUUUUGGAUGAGAACGUAGGAAAGUUGAGUAUUAUGAAGCCAUUUCAUUUGGAAAAUAGGAUUUCUAGCUCUCCUUUUAAAAAGAGGCCUAAGAAGAUAAAGCUAUCAAAGAUUUCGUCAGUCCCUAGUGACAACAAAAGAUAUAAAUUCUGGGUUUCUCAAAAUGACCCUUCUGUGAAAAACAUAAGAUGGUGAGGAAAGAAAGAAUCUUCUCAGUCUGUAUCAACCUCAACAAACCUUCAGAGUGAUAUUAGAAGUCUUCUUCGCAAGGCCAUACAGUUAAGGAAUCAUCGAAGCUAUGAAUGAAGUGGAGGGAGUAACCCUUGAGUAAGAGACAGUCCUUUAGAUAAGAAAGCCAAAACUGUAACAAAUGAAGUCUCCAUGAAGGAUAUUAAGAAUCCCUUCAUCUUUAAAAACUACUAACUC